AGCGGUUGUGUUUUUAACGUUCACUUUUCUCAAAAGUUGAUUGAUUAUAAUUUUAUUAAAAUAAAUUAAGAUGUCUUUAAAGUCGGACGCAAUUGUUGAUAGGGUCAGAGCUAGGCUCGCAAAAAUUGAUCCAAACAAUAGAGAAGUUACCCACGUGUACAAGUGCAAGAUCACUGUCGAUGGAAAUGUAGCCAAAACUUGGAUUUUAGAUUUGAAGAACGUUAAUCUCUAUGAAGGUGAUGGCGAUGCCGAGUGCACUCUAAUUUGCGAUGAUCAAGCGUUCGUCGACUUAGCUGAUAAAAAAAUUCAACCACUUGAAGCAGUUGAAGCUGGGAAAUUAACUAUCGAUGGAGAGUUAUCUAUAGCUCUUAAAUUGUUACCGUACAUUGCAUCUGUUUAAGAUAUUUGCAAUAAAAUUUUAUUCUAUUUUCGUUUUGUAA